UUCAGGGUAGCCCAAACCAAACCUGCCGACGGUCGACCCCAAAGCUCUCCACUUCAGCUGCCAUGGCUUCCAGGCGGUUGAGGGCGUUCAAGAGGUGGAUGAAGUCUCAGUCCAUCGAUUGUAGCGACGCUCUCCGCUUCACCGACGAUCCCUCCCUGGGAAUCGCCGUCAUGGCGCUGUGCGACCUCAAGGAAGGGGACCUCGUCGCCACCAUCCCCAAGGCAGCUUGCCUCACCAUCAAGACGAGCGGGGCGAGCUCACUUAUCGAAGCGGCCGGCUUGGACGGUAGCUUGGGGCUGUCCGUGGCUCUCAUGUACGAGAAGAGCUUGGGCGAGACCUCGCACUGGGCUGGUUACCUUCAGCUCUUGCCCGACAAGCAGUGCUUACCUUUGGUCUGGUCUCUCGACGAAGUCGACCGGCUACUCCCUGGGACCGAGCUCCACAAGACUGUGAGGGAAGACAAAGCUCUUAUUUAUGAUGACUGGAAAGAGUGCAUUUUGCCCCUUCUAGAUUCCAGACUGUUAAAGCUCGAUCUGGAGUAUUUUGGCCCUGAACAUUACUUUGCGGCGAAAAGUCUUGUUUCUUCACGGUCGUUUGAAAUAGACGAUUACCAUGGAUAUGGAAUGGUUCCUUUGGCUGAUCUGUUUAACCACAAGACAGGAGCUGAGGAUGUAAACUUCACUAGUGUAUCUUCUCAUGGUGAAUCUGAUGAUGACUCAGAUUAUUGCGAUGACUAUCCUGAUGCUGACAUUAGUGAGGAUGGGAAUGGACAGUUAAUUCAAGAUUUGGAUACGAAUUCUACUGGAAACAUGGAGCGCCGCCCUCCAGUGACAAAAGAGGACCCAGCUGUUCUGGAAAUGAUUCUAGUAAAAGACGUCAAUGCUGGAGAUGAGGUGUAUAAUACAUAUGGGACUCUGGGUAAUGCGGCAUUGCUUCACAGAUAUGGAUUUACUGAGGAAAAUAAUCCAUAUGACAUAGUCAACAUUGACAUAGAACUGGUGUUGGAAUGGAGUAAUUCUCUGUUUUCUAACCGCCACAGUAGAGCAAGGGUUGCCAUGUGGAGAAGAUUCAAUUACUCUGGAUGCGUCAGCCAAGACUCGGAAUACUUUGAGAUCUCGUACAAUGGGGAACCUCAGCUGGAGCUGAUAAUAUUGUUGUACAUAAUGUUGUUACCAGAUGAUGCGUAUCAUAUUUUGGAUAUUGCAGUAUCUACUGAACAGGCUUACAACUUGGAUACCCUUCUAUCAGAAAAAGAGAAAUUGCGAGAGGCACCAACAUCAGAACUUAGCGAGGAUCUGCUGGUCACUGAAGGUGUUUGUAAAGCCCUUCUGGAACUUGCAGACAUCCGGGAGAGGCUUUACGGUCCAAAGUCAAUCAGAGAUGACAUUGAAGCGUUGAAAAUGUGCCGUUGCAGCGAAGAUCGGAAGCUGUGUUACACGUUGAUAUUGCGUGUCUGUGAGAGGAGGAUCCUGGAGAAGCUCAGAAGAUAUGCUUCCUUCAAAGUCGAAUCGUUUGGGCGUAAAAAAGGUGACACACGAGGAGGAGUAUAAGGGAAGAAAUGCAGGGCGAGGCUGGUGAGUUUUUUUGGUAGGUUGAUUUUCAGUAAGGUAGAGAGUUAUUUCUGGAAUGGUGAGUUUAGAGGAGUAGCUGAAGCAACUACCUUGGCAGGUGUCUUCACAAUUAGAUGAAUUUUUGGCAAUGCAAAUGCAUGGGGGAUUCCCUCAACUUCAGUUAA